AUGGUAGAUACAACAGCUGGUUUUCAUUCCGCCACAGCUGCUGCUAAUGUUGUUGUAGGAGCAGUGGCUUCAGCUGCAAUAACAGAAUAUAAAGUCAUGGAUGUCACCCAAUAUAUAUCCGCGGGAGUACAUUCUAGCGCAAUUUUCCCAGAACUGAAUCCUUCCUCAGGACCAGUCGAGUGCAUCCCUUCAGCAUCCCUUCAGCAUCCCAUCAGCAUCCUUCAGCUUCCCUUCAGCAUCCCAUCAGCAUUCCUUCAGCAUCCCUUCAGCAUCCCAUUCAGCAUCCCUUCAGCAUCCCUUCAGCAUCCCAUCAGCAUCCUUUCAGCAUCCCUUCAGCAUCCCAUCAGCAUCCCAUCAGCAUCCCAUCAGCAUCCCAUCAGCAUCCCAUCAGCAUCCUUUCAGCAUCCCUUCAGCAUCCCAUCAGCAUCCUUUCAGCAUCCCUUCAGCAUCCCUUCAGCAUCCCAUCAGCAUCCCUUCAGCAUCCCUUCAGCAUCCCAUCAGCAUCCCUUUCAGCAUCCCUUCAGCAUCCCUUCAGCAUCCCUUCAGCAUCCCUUCAGCAUCCCUCAGCAAUCCCUUCAGCAUCCCUUCAGCAUCCUUUCAGCAUCCCUUCAGCAUCCCAUCAGCAUUCCUUUAGCAUCCCUUCAGCAUCCCAUCAGCAUCCCUUCAGCAUCCCUUCAGCAUCCCUUCAGCAUCCCAUCAGCAUCCUUUCAGCAUCCCUUCAGCAUCCCAUCAGCAUCCCAUCAGCAUCCCAUCAGCAUCCCUUCAGCAUCCCAUCAGCAUCCUUUCAGCAUCCCUUCAGCAUCCCUUCAGCAUCCCAUCAGCAUUCCUUUAGCAUUCCUUCAGCAUCCCAUCAGCAUCCCAUCAGCAUCCCUUCAGCAGCCGUUCAGCAUCCCAUCAGCAUCCCUUCAGCAUCCCAUCAGCAUCCCUUCAGCAUCCCUUCAGCAUCCCUUCAGCAUCCCAUCAGCAUCCCUUCAGCAUCCCUUCAGCAUCCCUUCAGCAUCCCAUCAGCAUUCCUUCAGCAUCCGACCAGCAUUCCUUAAGCAUCCCUUCAGCAUCCCUUCAGCAUCCCAUCAGCAUUCCUUCAGCAUCCCUUCAGCAUCCCAUCAGCAUCCUUUCAGCUUCCCUUCAGCAUCCCUUCAGCAUCCCAUUAGCAUCCCUUCAGCAUCCCUUCAGCAUCCCAUCAACAUCCGUUCAGCAUCCCUUCAUCCCAUCAGCAUUCCUUCAGCAUCCCUUCAGCAUCCCAUCAGCAUCCGUUCAGCAUCCCUUCAUCCCAUUCAGCAUCCCAUCAGCAUCCCUUCAGCAUCCCAUCAGCAUCCCUUCAGCAUCCUUUCAGCAUCCCUUCAGCAUCCCAUCAGCAUCCUUUCAGCAUCCCAUCAGCAUCCCUUCAGCAUCCCUUCAGCAUCCUAUCAGCAUCCCUUCAGCAUCCCAUCAGCAUCCCUUCAGCAUCCCAUCAGCCUCCCUUCAGCAUCCUAA